GCCUUACUCACGGUGAUUAGUUUAACCCCAUCCUUUGGUUGGGUCUCAAAUAUCUCAAUCUGGGUGGGGGAAGUGGGGAGGUGUAGAGAGAGGGGGAAGAGUGUGUCAAAUCGCGUCGCGCUAUCACUGCCUCCUUCACAGUUAAAUCUCACUAUCGUCGUCGCCGUUCCCCAGUCCGGCCUGCCGGUGAAUGAGUGAGUGAGGUUUGUUGGCUGCAUUCUACCAGAUUGAUUGUUUGAGGGGAGUGUGGUGAUUGUAAUGAGAUUUGAUGAGAGAAGAAGAAUGCCCACAUUUUUAAGGUGAAUCUACGAUUAUUUGGAGUGCACAAGGAAGGAGGUAACCCCCACUGACGGUUCCUUUCAGGCAGUCUAUGCUUCCAAAGUCAGAACCUUGGUAAUUCUGUUCAGUUAAAGAUGGCUGUUGCAGUUCCGGAUCACACAUUCAACAAUGGUUACUCCUCAAAGAAUCAAAUUGAGGGGAGAUCACUUAGUUGGAAGCGUGUGUUUGUCCAAACUGACAAAGGCUCUGUCUUGGGCAUUGAAUUGGAGCGAGGAGAAAAUGCACACACCGUAAAAAAGAAGCUGCAGUUAGCGCUUAAUAUUCCCACUGAAGAGAGUUCACUGACAUGUGGUGAUCAACUUUUGAACAAUGAUCUCAGCUACAUUUGCAAUGACUCUCCAUUGCUUCUCACUAGGAAUCACAUGCACAGAAGUUGCUCCACACCUUGCCUCUCUCCAAAUGGAAAGGAUGUUCAACACUGUGAUGAUAGUAGAGUCAUUGAAAUCGUGGGGUGCACAAGCCCUUCUGCAAGAAUGAAGCAGUUAGUUGAUGAUAUUGUUCGGGGAAUUGAAAAAGGCAUCGAACCAGUAGCUAUCAGCAGUGGGAUGGGUGGUGCCUACUAUUUCCGAGACAUGUGGGGUGAGCAUGCUGCAAUAGUUAAGCCAACUGAUGAGGAACCAUUUGGUCCAAACAAUCCUAAAGGUUUUGUAGGGAAGUCUCUUGGACUACCAGGUCUUAAAAAAUCAGUGCGUGUUGGUGAAACAGGGUCCCGAGAGGUUGCCGCAUAUCUUCUAGAUCACAAGAAUUUUGCAAAUGUACCUCCCACUAUGCUGGUAAAGAUCACCCAUAGCGUGUUCCAUAUGAAUGAGGGUGUUGACUAUAAAACAAAGUCUAGUGACAACAAAACACAAGCUUUUAGCAAGCUUGCGUCUUUGCAAGAGUUUAUUCCUCAUGACUAUGAUGCUAGUGACCAUGGUACAUCAAGCUUUCCUGUCUCUGCUGUUCAUAGGAUUGGUAUACUUGAUAUUAGAAUCUUCAACACAGACAGACAUGCAGGAAAUAUACUUGUUAGGAAGCUUUAUAAUGAUGCUAGCAGAUUUGAAACACAAACAGAACUUAUUCCUAUUGAUCAUGGCCUUUGUCUUCCAGAAAGCUUAGAGGACCCUUACUUUGAGUGGAUCCAUUGGCCACAAGCAUCUAUUCCUUUCUCCGAGGAAGAUCUUGAGUACAUUACGAACCUAGACCCUAUAAAAGAUGCUGAAAUGCUUCGCAUGGAGCUGCAUACGAUCCAUGAGGCAAGUCUUAGGGUGUUGGUUCUCUCAACAACAUUUCUUAAGGAAGCUGCGGCUUGUGGCUUUUGCUUGUCUGAGAUAGGAGAGAUGAUGAGCAGGCAAUUCACUAGGAAAGAAGAGGAGCCAAGUGAUCUUGAGGUUUUGUGCAUGGAGGCAAGGAAUUGGGUUGAGGAAAGAGAGUGGCUGCUUCCACAAGCUGAUUUUGAAGGAGAGGAUGACAAUGAGUCCACUCAGUUUGAUCUCGAUUCUGAGGAUGAUUCAACUACAUUUGAAGCAUCAUUUUCCAACAAUAUCAGGCCAAUCAAAGGUAAUUCUAGGGAUCCACCAUCAAAAUUAGCUGAAGUAAAUGAAUAUGUGGAUGAAGAUGACAACAAUGAGUUCAACAAGGAUGAUGUGGGAACCUGCACAAGUCCAAUUACUACUUGGACUCCUUCCACCUCAAACUUGUCCAUUUCGUCCAAUGAACUUAGCUUCAGUGGAAGACGCAAAUCUCAUAGUGGCGUCGCGAAGAACAAGGUUACUUCUAAAAUUAACAGCAAUAGUUAUAGUGGCAAUCAUAGUGCCAAGGAGAAGCUCCCUCACAACUCCAGCUUCGCAAAGUUAUCAGACUUGAGUGCCAACAAAUGGAGCCCAUUCCUUGAGAAGUUCCAGGAUUUGCUCCAGAGCAUGUUCCAAGAUCGAAAGCAAACUGCAGGCCGCAACCCAUGGCUGACGCAGAGGCUAGGCACUUCUUGCCAAUUUUAAAAUGGUAGAGAAGAAAUAAAGUAAUGUAGGCCAACCAAGCGGUAUUCCUGAGCAGUUGUGUUCUACCGUGGUAAUAGUUGCAUACGUGCAGUAGCCCUUCACUAGAUAGUACAAGUAGAAUAAAACCUUCUCUGAUAUAUGUGCACAGUGGUCAUAAGGUAGAGAUAUCCCUACAGAGAUCUAAAAUGUGAGUAUGUAUUCCAGCAGGACAUUGUUGCGUCUU